CGGUUCCGCCCCACAAGAGGUCCGGGAACCUGGGGCGGGGUCGGGACUGCGCCUGCGCGAGGCCUCGGCGGCGGGGCCCGGCGGGCGGGGCCCAGGGCCUGAGAAGCGGGCGCCGGGGCUGCGAGGCCGGCGGCUGCCUGGGCGCGGGCAGCCCAGGCGGUGGGGGUCUGGCCCGGGCCGCAGACGGCGGCGAGGUACCUUGUUUUUCUGACGAGAAUUGAGCACGUCGGAAUGAAAGGAAGCUCUCUGUGCAGACUGCUGUGUGUGGAACCUCUGAAGCCAAUAAAAUAGUGUUGGAUUCUAUAGGGGCACCUCUAGAUCAAGCUAUGGUGGAAGAUGUUUCGGAAAGGCAAAAAGCGACACAGCAGUAGCAGCUCCCAAAGCAGUGAAAUCAGUACUAAGAGCAAGUCUGUAGACUCCAGCCUUGGAGGGCUUUCGCGGUCCAGCACCGUGGCAAGCCUCGAUACCGACUCCACCAAGAGCUCAGGACAGAGCAACAGUAAUUCCGAUACGUGUGCAGAAUUUCGAAUAAAAUAUGUUGGCUCCAUUGAGAAACUGAAACUCUCUGAGGGGAAAAGUCUCGAAGGGCCGCUAGACCUGAUAAAUUACAUAGAUGUCGCCCAGCAAGAUGGAAAGUUGCCUUUCGUUCCUCUGGAGGAAGAAUUUAUUAUGGGAGUUUCCAAGUAUGGCAUAAAAGUAUCCACAUCAGAUCAGUAUGAUGUCUUGCACCGGCACGCUCUGUAUUUAAUCAUCCGGAUGGUGUGUUAUGACGACGGCCUGGGGGCAGGGAAAAGCUUGCUGGCUCUGAAGACCACAGAUGCGAGCAACGAAGAGUACAGCCUGUGGGUUUACCAGUGCAACAGCCUGGUGAGGGUCUCCGUCCCCUGGGUUCUUAGUCUUAUUCAUCAAACAAGGUGCCAAAACCAGAGACUGUUUAGUCUUUUCAAAGGCUGAAGAGAUGCUGCCUGCCAUGUGUCUAACACCUGGUGACAGAAGGAAUGAGUGUCAGGCCCGAGGUCAGCUGGGCCAGACCUACCGCAGGCCGUGAGCUGCUUGUUAGGCCAGGAGCAGCACUCAUGGUUCACGGCAGGUGCAGAGCAGGUGCGGGAAAGUGGUGUGUCCUCCAAGGGCAGAGCCCCGCUUUUCUGUACCUUGCUGUUCUGAAUCGUGAGGGUCCCUCCCAAGGGCGGCGGGUCCUGUGUCGCCACAUGCAGUUCUCUGAAGGGGCACAGGAACGUGGCGACCCAGGCUGGCCGUGUCCUGGACUCCCCAAAACCAUGAUGUGUAGGUUUAGGAGAGGCGUCAGG